CCGAUGGCAUCAAAAAUUUUGUCCAUAAAUGAAUUUACAUUCGUCAAAUUUUCGAAAAACAACUCUCCAUUAUAUUAACAUAUAUGCAUUCUGGCCAGUUUAUCUGACUGGAGUAAUGGCGGACGCAACGGAUGCGCAUUUGAGAACUGGGUGCAAGUGAGGGACUGAUUUUUCGCUUAGUGGCGCUUUUAUUACGUAUCUCUUCUGCGAUAUUGUCACAAAAUUGUGUAUUCGCUCAACUGUAUCCUACAAAAUUACUUGGCUUUUAAAAUUAAACGUCUAAGUAAUUGUUUUUGCUUACAGUUUAACCUGUCUACGUAAGAGAGUUGCCGCCAUUACUGAUUAGAUGGUUUAUUAAAAUGGCUACAAUUGAAGGCUUUGCAGAAGAAGUACUCGAAAGUGAAUCGGACAUUGCUAGCAAUACUUCUGAAAUUUCAAAUGAUGAAUCAAGUGAUAAUGAGAGUCAACAUGAACACAAUGAUGACUUGGCUUCAACUCGUGAUAAACUUGCUGAUUGGUUUCUUGGUUUAAAUGAUGAACAGAUAAACCUAAGAAAAAACUGUGUUAAGAUUCAUGUUCUAGCCCCAUUUUUACUUGGUAUCAUACCACCUCAAUAUGAAGAAAAGUUUAUUAGUUGGUCAUUUGAAUGUGGCUUACUGCCAACUAAUGAAGUAAAGCAAGACUUUGAUCCUACUAAUGAGGCAUUUGAAAAUAUACAGAUUGUUGAAAAUGGCUUUGAAGCUCUAUCACAAAUUAUGAACAAGAAACAAAUAAUUAUUCAAAUGCUUGAAUUGAAAAAUCAACUAGUCAAUUGUACUUCAUACAAGAGAGCAUUUAAGUGUGCCAAGAAGAAAGAUUGGUUUUUGUGUGAAAGAGAUGUAUGUCUUCCUAAAGAUGUUAAAGUAGAGAGAGCUAUCAUGGCUUUACUGCUAACAGCGUAUCAAUUUGCUGUGCAUAUUCAAUUGUCGUAUGUCAAAAAAACUGACCUACUCACGAUCUCUUCAAGUAGUAAAGAUUGCAAGGAAGUUGAAGAAAAAACAUUGAAGUUAAAAGAAAACGGAAAUGAAGAAUUUCGCUCUAAAAACUAUGAAGGAGCUAUCACCUUCUACAGCAAAGCUAUACAUGAGAGUCCUUUUAAUCACAUUGUUUAUGGCAAUAGAGCUCAGAGUUACAAAAAUCUCGGCGAAUACAGAAAAGCUCUGAUGGAUGCCAAAAGAACAAUUAUUUUAAAACCAGACUGGGAUAAGGGUCUAUACAGAUUUAAGGAGGCGGCUGCUGCUCUUCAAGAUGGAGAAGGAGGAAAAGCGUCAUUUCUUUCUUUUUGCGUUGACAAACAUAUAAUUGACGAUGAAACGAAGCAAAGCAGAGCUCAAGAUGUAAAAAAACAAAACUCAGUUACAACAAAUGAGUGA